AUGUUUGGACGAAAGCCGGUGAUUGCAAAGGCUGAUGAUAUCUCAAUUGGCGCUGCUAUGAUAUGUGACAUAUUGGCUUUGCGGUUUCCAAGUAAAGAUUAUAAUGUUGAGAGAUUCUUGAAAGAAGCAAAAGCUAACCUUGUGCUUGAAGUUCCAGAUACUGUCUACGUUUGCGAUGAUGUUUGGAAGACUGUCCAUCACACCAUCAGAUUGUUAUUUGCCAAGAUUGGCAUUUUUGUAGCCACUCUUAAGGCUACCAAGAUUCUACUUUUCUACGCUUCCAAUUUUGCUCCCGCAGUUAACACAAAAAUACUGAUAAGACUUGUCUACGACUCUUCAAAAGAUUCUCAUCAUUAUGGUUUCAAUAGUGGCCUUCCUAAUUAUGUUAUAGCGAAUUAUUUUGAAACAAUCAACGUUUUAUUGUUGGACAUUCGAAGCUUGGACCACAACGAAGUUCGUAAAGGCCUUGAAGUUUUUUUAAAAGAUGUAGAUAGAUAUGGGAAAAGAAAGAUCAAGGCGAAAGACCUGAAGAUACCCAAGAUGGAAGUACUUUUUAAGGAUUUGAAUCGAAGUAUUAAUGGCGAGGUAAAGAAGGAAGAACAGAAGAAAUUGGGUGAAUCCAAAUCGGAAGAAAUUCAAUUUUUGAAAUGUGUGAACGUCACGAAUGAUAAGAAGGAAGAAAGUUCAUUCAAAUUGGUAAAGAUUCCACACUUUCAUCAAAUUAUUAAUGGAGUUACUUAUAAAUAUAUCUAUAUUGCCAUGUAA